ACAUGCAAUACGCGCAGGCGCAUUGGUAGUCAGCUGUGCAGUAUUUGUAACGUUAUUCUUGGAACAUGAGAAAGAUAAUAGCACUUUUUACUGUAACGGCGACCCUGUUUUCUGUUGAGGUGCUGCAUGGCCUGCCCUACAGUUCUUUCCAGUCAAUAAAACAUCAUGGAUUCAAGACAGAGCCCCAGUUCACAGAGAAGUAUUUCAGCCAGACUCAGGACCACUUCAACUUUAACACCAUGGGGAACGGGACAUUCAAUCAGCGUUACCUGAUCACAGAUAAGUACUGGAAGAAAGGCUAUGGUCCUAUUUUCUUCUACACUGGCAAUGAGGGAAACAUCUGGGAGUUUGCAUUCAACUCUGGAUUCAUCACAGAGUUAGCUGCUCAGCACAGUGCCUUGGUCAUAUUUGCUGAACAUAGGUAUUAUGGCAAAUCUCUGCCAUUUGACGAAGACUCCUUCAACAUCCCUCAGAUCGGCCUGCUGACAGUGGAGCAAGCCCUCGCUGACUAUGCUGUCAUGAUCACUGAGCUGAAACAGCAGCUGGCAGCCACAGACUGUCCUGUCAUCGUGUUUGGUGGCAGUUAUGGUGGAAUGCUGUCGGUCUACAUGAGAAUCAAGUAUCCAAACAUUGUGGCUGGAGCACUGGCUGCCAGCGCCCCCAUACUGUCCACUGCUGGGCUGGGAGACUCCAGGCAGUUUUUCAGAGAUGUUACAGCUGAUUUUGAGAGCUUUGGCCCUGAAUGCAGAGAUGCUGUGAGGGGAGCAUUCCAUCAGCUGAAAGAAUUAGCCGAACAUCAAGAUUACAGACGCAUCCAGUCAGAAUUCUCCCUUUGUAAGCCUCCAUCAUCUGCUCAGGACAUCCACCAUCUGAACGGCCUGCUGAGGAACGCCUUCACUAUGAUGGCCAUGCUGGAUUACCCAUACAGCACUCACUUCAUGGGUAGUAUGCCUGCAAACCCUGUCAAGGUGGCUUGUGAAACCAUGCUGAGUGGAUCUGACCUGCUCUCCAACCUCAGGAACACUGCAGGGAUUUUUUACAACUCUACCGGGUUGCUGACCUGUUUUGACCUGUACAAUCUGUAUUUGGAGUGUGCUGAUCCCACCGGCUGUGGACUGGGUUUUGACAGCCUGGCCUGGGACUAUCAGGCGUGCACCGAGAUUAAUCUGUGCUACGAGAGCAACAAUGUGACAGACAUGUUUCCUCCCAUGGCCUUCACUGAGACAGACCGCAAGCUUUACUGCUCCAAACGCUGGGCUGUGGUUCCACGACCAGACUGGCUCAAAACCCAGUUCUGGGGUGACGCCCUCUCCACAGCCAGCAACAUAAUUUUCUCCAAUGGAGAUCUGGACCCAUGGGCUAACGGAGGGGUGCGCAAGUCCUUGAGCUCAUCAUUGAUAGCUGUCAACAUUUCUGGAGGAGCCCAUCAUCUGGAUCUGAGAGGAUCUAAUGAUGCUGAUCCAGUAUCAGUAAUUAGUGCCAGGAAGACUGAAGCAGACCUCAUCGCACAGUGGGUGAAGAUGGAGCGGACCAAAUUACAGCAGUCAAUUUAAAGCACAGGUUCAGAGACAUGAAAAACAACACGUAAACCAGAUGGAACGCCCAUGACUACAUCACUGCAGACCUGCUUUGUUUCAUAAGUCAAUGAUAAACACAAAUAUUUGGUUUCUGUUCAAUAAAAUCUCUUUAAUUUCUACAUUUUUACAAAAUUAAAGCCGAUCCAGCGUUCAUUAUGCACCAUGUGACAAUUCAUUUUGUAUGUUUCAAAUAAA